CGGAUCGAUCUAAGUUGACAGAAUCCGAUUCUCUAUCUCUAACACUGCGAAAGGUUGAUAUAAUACGUGACACCCACCACUCUCACUUUCUCACUCUUCACCUCAAAAUUUCCCUUUCUUCUCUUUUUCUCUCCGUUUUCCUUCCACCGAAAUUCAAACCAAAACCCACCAACUUCAUGAACCAUCUUCAUUACCAUACCCAUUAACCCAACUCCCUCAAAUUCAUCACAAACAAUCAAACUUCACAAACAUGAAGCUGAAAAAAACCGUUCUGCUUUAUUUCACAGCAUGUCUAAUAAUCACCAUUGUUUCCGGCGCCGAUCUAGCUUCCGACAGAGCCAGUUUAUUAACACUCCGCGCCACGGUGGGUGGACGUACUCUUCUAUGGAAUUCAACAGAAACAAACCCAUGUCUAUGGACCGGAGUUAUCUGCAAUAACAAAAGAGUUACAGCGUUGAGGUUACCGGCGAUGGGUCUCUCCGGUAACCUUCCUUCAGGUAUAGGUAAUCUCACUGAAUUGCAGACGCUUUCUCUCCGGUAUAACGCGUUAACAGGACCAAUUCCCAUGGAUUUUGCAAAACUGGUUUCACUUAGGAAUCUUUAUCUUCAUAGUAACUUUUUCUCCGGUGAGGUGCCGGAGUUUUUAUAUGGUUUGCAGAAUUUGGUGAGGUUGAAUUUAGGUAAAAACAAUUUCAGCGGUGAAAUUUCUCAACAUUUUAAUAAUCUUACUCGUUUGGAUACAUUGUUUUUGGAACAGAACAUGUUUACUGGUUCUGUUCCUGAUCUUAAUAUUCCUCCUUUGCAUCAGUUCAAUGUGUCGUUUAAUAAUUUAACCGGGCAAAUUCCGAAGAGGUUUUCGCGUUUAAAUAUAAGUGCUUUUUCUGGUAAUUCGCUUUGUGGGAAUCCUCUUCAAGUAGCUUGUCCUGGAAACAAUGACAAAAAUGGUUUAUCUGGUGGAGCUAUUGCUGGUAUUGUGAUUGGUUGUGUUUUUGGUUUGGUGUUGAUUCUUGUUCUUUUGGUGCUGUGUUGUAGAAAAAGAAAAAAAAGUGAUUCUGAUAAUGUAGCACGUGCUAAGAGUGUUGAAGGUGAGGUGUCACGUGAGAAAACUAGAGAUUUUGAGAGUGGUGGUGGUGCUGGUGGGAGUUAUUCAGGUAUAGCAUCGACUUCAACGAUGGCUUCAGCUUCGGUUUCAGCUUCUGGCGUGUCAUUAGAGAAGAGUUUGAUAUUUAUUGGGAAUGUGAGUAGAAAGUUUAGUUUGGAUGAUUUGUUAAAAGCUUCAGCUGAAGUUUUGGGGAAAGGGACAUUUGGAACAACUUAUAAGGCAACAUUGGAGAUGGGAAUUAGUGUGGCUGUAAAGAGAUUGAAGGAUGUUACAGCAAGUGAAAGAGAAUUCAGGGAGAAAAUUGAGGAGGUUGGGAAAUUGGUUCAUGAGAAAUUGGUCCCACUUAGGGGUUAUUAUUUUAGUAAAGAUGAGAAGCUUGUUGUGUAUGAUUAUAUGCCAAUGGGAAGCUUAUCUGCACUCUUGCAUGCAAAUAAUGGAGCUGGAAGGACUCCAUUGAAUUGGGAAACUAGGUCCACCAUCGCCCUUGGUGCUGCUCAAGGGAUUGCAUACCUACACUCACAAAGUCCAACAUCUUCCCAUGGAAACAUCAAGUCAUCAAACAUCCUUCUCACCAAAUCAUUUGAACCUCGCGUCUCAGAUUUCGGGCUCGCUUACCUGGCUCUUCCAACCGCUACACCCAACCGAGUUUCCGGUUACCGUGCACCAGAGGUCACCGACGCACGCAAAGUAUCCCAAAAAGCAGACGUCUAUAGCUUUGGUAUAAUGCUUUUGGAGCUUCUUACCGGGAAGGCGCCUACCCAUUCUUCACUGAAUGAAGAAGGAGUAGACCUACCAAGAUGGGUCCAGUCCAUUGUUCAAGACGAGUGGAACACCGAGGUUUUCGACAUGGAGCUUCUCAGGUACCAAAGCGUUGAGGAGGAAAUGGUGAAUCUUUUGCAGCUUGCGCUUGAAUGCACCACUCAAUAUCCUGAUAAGAGACCUUCAAUGGAUGUGGUUGCAAGCAAGAUUGAGAAAAUUUGUCAUCCAAGCUUAGAGAAAGAGGAAGAGAAGAUUCAUGAUGAUUUGUCUAAAGAUGAAGAUAAUUGAUUUUUCCCAACAGUACUAUUCUGUUGAUGAUUGGGGGUGCUCCAUAAGCUUAAAAAUAUAAAACUAAAGAGAGAAACCUCAUUAUUUCAAUAUUGGCCUGUUUUUGGCAUGAUUAUUAUAUUGUUCUUGUUUUAUUGAUUGAAGGAGUAUAGAAACCAGUUAAUUUACUGCUACAUUUAGAUACAUGAUUGAGUUCAUUUUUACUGAAUUAUUAUGUGGGAAAUGUGAAUAAUCUGUUUGGAUAUCUAGUUA